CGUAACCAGUGUGAUAUUUGAAGUCUACGAAAAGAAUCGGAUGCCGAAUUGGACGAAAACGUGUAGUUGGUAACAAUUACUGUAUAAAUUAAGCGAAAAUGUAAAAAAUUAGAUCGCGACGAAAAGUAUUUUUGGUUUUAGAGCUAUUGGUGCAGGUAAACAGUGCGCGGGGCAAACCUAGUGUGCGUUACCUCUGUUCGAAACGUUCUGUCUGAACGUAGAUAUACAGUGAUGUGUUGUUUAUAUACAAAGGACAACUAUUACCACGUAUAAAUGAGUGCGAAAAAACCAAAGCUGCCUGGUUUAAACAUUCGUGGUAGCUCAAGUAGACACGACUGGGAUUCUGUUGGAACAAUCAAGUUUUUCACUGACAAAGAUGGUGAUAUUAGUGGUUUAGAUGAAGCAAUGAGAACUAUUAGUAUGGGUACUCGGCAGUCUGGAGAAGCGAAUGUGCAUUCACCAUCCUCACAUACAAGCGACAAAGAUUCCACAUCAUAUACUGGAUAUAUUGAUGAGUUUAGUGGGCAAAACAAAUUAGAUGUUGAAAUUGCUGUUGAAGCAACAAGCAUUUCUGAAUCAAUUAGUCCCACGGAUCUGACUGAUUCAACUGAGUCGGCUAAAGAAACUCAUGGUUAUAUGAAUGAAUCAAGUUUUAGUCAACAGACAAAUGAAUCUCUUGGUGUUUUCUCAUUCAAUAACGAUCUAAAUACGAACUCAAAUGUUCUUCCGAAUUCUAUCGAUGUUUUCAGGACUAAUGACAGACAUAACUCACUGGACUUAGAUGACUCAAAGGAUAUAUCAUCGUCCGCCGGUAGUCAUGUUGUUCAUUCAUUAAAAUCAAAUGUAGAUGGUAAUUCAUUAAAAACUGUAUUGUUAGAUGAAGAUUUGAAUGUUCACUUACAUUCAAAUGUUUUACCUAAUUUGACUCCAGAUUGUACAACAACAACAACACCGUCUACCAUUUUGGUUAAUCCAUCUAGAAUCAACACUUUGUCGUUUAAUACAUCCAGUAAUCCAGUCAACUCUGUUAUGGGUAAUCAACAUGAUACUCAUGUUCCUACUUCUAAUGAUUCAAUUAAACCACCAAUAAAUGUCAAUAUUGAUAAAACGAGGAACGUUUCCGAUCCUACGCCACCAUGUUUAUCAUCAUCAAAACUGAAAAUGAAUUCAUCACCACCAACAUCUACACUUGCAAUUGAUAGCAACGAUCAAAUUUUUAAUAAAGUUACUGAACCAACUUGUAUACCCAUUUCUACACCAAAUACUAGAAAUUCCGCAUCCAUUUCUCGUGCUCCUCUUCUUCAUUCUUCUCCUUCUCCGAUAACAAAUACUUUAUCGGAAAAUCCUCAAAUCAGACAACGUAAUGUUACUACGAUUACUACUGCUACUACUACUACUACUACUACUACUACUACUACUAAUACCACUAUCACAAUUGAUAGCAAUAUUAUACCAGGUGCUACUGGUUCAAAGGUGCUCAGAUCAAAAUCACAUCGUCUAUCAGUGGUUAAAAAAUCUCAUCCAUGGAUGCGUUAUACAUUUUGUUCACUGACAGUAUUUUUGAUUUAUUGGCUUUUUAAUGGUUUUCUAUUGGGUCUAACUGUUGGUUGUUUACUAACAUAUACAUUCAUUACAGUGUAUAAUUAUUUGCAUAGUCGUACAAACUAUUCUAAUCAAAUUCUCUGUCCAAUAUCAGGAUUGCCAUUAGAUUACUUAUGCUGUUCACUGCAUUAUCGACAAGAACAAGAGGGCCAGUAUCAAGGUUCACAAUGGUGGCCAAUCUAUUCACCUGCUAUGCCAAAUUUAACUUCUAUUUUAACUAACAACGCGAACAGUACUAAUAAAUGUAUGCAGUUAAGAAAUUUGCCUAAUUUCACUGUACCAAAUAUGCUUGAAGAAGAUGUUAGCAAAUCAACUAUCUCAGGUCCAUUGGGAAAUAGUUUAGGUUUUAAAUAUGACAAUAAUGGACGGCCCGUAUACAAAGGAUGGUUAAAUGAGAUUAUUCAUUAUGAUCCUGAAACUCAUCAUAUUGGCAAAACAUUUUCUGUCUUCCUCACGCUUGAUGGUACACAAUUACGCCUACAACGCCCAGAACAUAAUAUUACUCGUAGAUCUUUAUGGAAUGAUGAAAUCCCAUCAACUACAACUAUGCGAUUCAAACAACAGCAUAUCUAUGAUUUAACUAAUGCAACUGUUACACUCCUUCCAUGUGGCUUAGUCGGCAAACGUCUAUGGAGUAGAAAAUAUCCUAUUUGUAUCACCGUCUACACUGAAGGUAGAUUCAAGCGCAAAAAUGAAAGACUUGAUUCACUACCAUCAUCGACGAGCUUUCCAAAUAUCAUAUUAUCUACUAGCUGUAAUAUAGCAGUGAAUGAAUCCUCUGACUUGACCAUGGAUACAUCUAUUCCAUCAGCUGGAGAUAUGGAGUUCCCUGAUGAUACUAGUAUCAAUGUAUUGCAAACUUCAAGCAAAUCAAAUAUGAAAAAUUUAUAUUUGUUUGGAAGAACAUGUCGCGAAAAAGAAACAUGGUACCGUAGACUGAAAGCUGCCUCAUUAGGCACACCUCUUAUAUGGACACCUCAGAUGGCUGUACAACAUUAUCUUUUGGCAUCAGAUAUUAAUAAUAGUAAUAAUAACGUUGGUUUACCGGAUUAUUUAAGUGGUACUGCCACAACAGCUUCUAAUAUCAUUUCUAAUCACAACGACAGCACAUUGAGUGACGAUGAGAGUCAACCUGAUGGAAAUACAUUAUCGAAUCUGAUAACAUGUUCUGAUUCAGCUGCCAGUAUCGCUAAUACUGAUGUUGUUACCACUAUUACUACUACUAUUAGUAGUAAUAAUAGCAAUAGUACUCCCACUGGUUUAAGCAGUACAACCAAUACUAAUAGCACUUAUUCAUCCAGCAUAAAUCUUUCAAAUUAUGGCGCUUCAAUACCUGGGAAUCGUGAACCAGUCUAUGUUUCAUAUGUCCGAUAUAUGGCUAAAUUUAUGCCCGCCAAUUGGCUUGUACGAAGUGCACAAGCAUUAAAAUUAAAUGUUAAUCAAAUUAAUUGUGAUACAAAUAUGAUAUGGCUUAAUGCAUUAAUUGGUCGUUUGCUAUGGGAUUUUCUUCGUGAACCUUAUUGGUUAGAAAAGAUAAAAAAUAAGAUUCAAGCAAAGUUGAAAAAAAUACAUCUUCCAAAUUUCAUCAAUGAACUCACUGUCGUUGAUAUUGAUUUGGGCUCAGAAAUACCUGUACUAAGACGUAUCGGAUGUCCUUAUCUGGAUGCACAUGGUCUAUGGAUUGAAGUGGAUGUUGGUUAUGCUGGAGGGUUCUCAUUUGCUUUGGAAACAAGUGUUAAUUUAAUGCGGUGGAAUCAAAAACUUCGUGAAGAAAAAGAUAUUACCUAUUCAUCAGAUAAUUUUGCUCAAAAUUCACUAUCCAAUGAAUCUCUACCAAAAGUUCAUUCUCGUUCGAUAACAAAAAUGGCCGCUUACUUAUCUGAUGAAGAGGACAGUGCUGAUUCAACAACUGACUCUGAAUUAGAUGAAACAACUAAUAUUAGUCAAAAUUCCAGUCCAAUAAAUAGUUUACGACCUGGGCGUAACUUACCAUCCACAGGACUAAUCAUAGGUGGAAUGAAAUCCGGUGAUAAUGAACGUGUAAACCCUGAAGACAACAGGUCAUUUAAUCGUCUUUCUCCAAUUUCACCAAACCGUCCAGUAAAUUUACAGCCUGUCUUACCGUCUCGUCGAAGGAUUAUACGUAUUGUCGAUCGCAUCACCAAAUCCUCAUAUUUUCAAAGAGCCGUUGAUACAAAACUAGUCCAGCGUGGUAUGGAACGUUUGUCAAACACACCAAUUGUAUUACAAGUUGAGAUACAAAUGUUAAGUGGUACGCUUUUAGUCAAUAUCCCUCCACCGCCCAGUGAUCGUCUGUGGUAUGGUUUUCGUCCUGUACCUAAUAUACGACUUAAAGCACGUCCUCGUGUUGGAGAAAAAGUUGUUACAAUGUCACGUAUAUUGGAAUGGAUUGAAAAGAAAAUGAUUCUUGAAUUCCAGCAUUUAGUUGUUUUACCGAAUAUGGAUGAUUUGAAAGUUGGGCUACUUUUAUCCGAUGCUACAUCAGCAACAUAAAUAAUCCGACACCAAUUAUAUUCAAUGAUAUCAAAACGGCUGAAGGAUUAGCUUUUAAUGAUCCCUAAUCACUAUUACAAAGGGCUUCGAUGAAAACUGAUGUAAUCUUAUCAUUCCUUGUUUUUUGCUUUUUCUGUUGCA